AUGCCCAACAAAAAAUCAAAGGCGGCUAAGGCAGCUGCUAGCACCAGCGCGAAAGCCGAGCAACUCGUCGCCGACGACACUGUUGCCUCACCCAGCAACGGGGACGCUCAAGAAAAUGAGAAUGAGAAUGGGGAGGAGGGCGAGCCCGCCGGUGAGGAGCUUGUACCCGAAACCCCCAGAGAGUCUUAUGGUAGUGCUGCUGUGGACGAUGAUGACCUCUCACCAGAAGAACGGGUGAAGUUGCUGGAGGAGGAGCUAGAGAGCACACGGCAGGAUAAGGAGACGCUUGGGAACCAAUACAGAAGCUUGCUGGGCAAGCUCACUGCUAUGCGGACUACUUUGGGGGAUAAGCUCAAGGAAGAUGCUGAAGAGCUGGACAGACGGGAGACACAGAUCAACACACUCACAUCCGACAACGAGACAUUCCAAAAUACUAUUCAGACUCUCCAAUCCGAGCUCCAAUCUCUGACAGCCGAAUCCUCUUCCCUCUCCGCCCAACUCUCCCAAAUCCGAUCACAGUCCGACUCUUCCUCCUCUGAUGUACUCUCUCUCACACGAGAGAUGCGUGAACUGAGGGGAGAGAUGGAAAGGUUGAGGCUGGAAAGGGAAGAGUGGGAAGAAGAGGCUGGGCGCGAGAGGGAGAGAAGAGAGGAGGGUGAGGAAGAAAUGGGGAGGGUGGAGAGGAGAGAGAGGGAGAUGAGAGGGGAAGUGGAGAGGCUGCGAGAAGAGAGGGAUAAGGAGAGGGAACGAGCGGAUAAUCUCCAGGAGGUAUUGAGCGAAUUCCAAGCUGCGAAAGAUUCAGAGCUGGAUCAAGCGACACAUGAGCUGGAGACUCAACUGCGGCUGGCAGCUGCCUCAUUGUCAGACUUGAAACUUCGAGCAGCCAACGCCGAGACGCAAUUAUCAGAAGUGUCUUCCGACGCAAAGAAGGUGGCUGUUUUGGAGCGGGAUAUCAAGGAGAAGAACCAGGCUAUCGCCAAAUUACGACAUGAUGCUGUGAUCAACAACGAACACUUGACAGAAGCGUUGCGGAGAUUACGAAAGAACCAGUCCGACAACAAUGUCGACCGCCGGCUCGUGACUAACAUCCUCCUCUCCUUCCUGACAGCCCCCCGCGGCGAUACCAAGCGCUUCGAAAUACUCUCUCUUUUGUCCACUAUCCUCUCGUGGGACGAUACCGAAAGAGAAAAGGCGGGGCUGCAGAGGCAGGGCGUUACGGGGAAGAGCGGGGCAAGAGGUGGAGAGGACAAGAAGAAGAGGCAGGAUACAGAGAAGAGUGCCGAGGAGGAGGCUGCGAUGAACGAGUCGUUCAGCAACCUCUUUGUCGAGUUCCUCUUGAAAGAGUCUUCGCACGGCCAACCGGUCAGACCAGCCGGCGCCGAGCCGCACCGCACUCAAUCAUCCAUCUCGCUCAACAACUCGUCACCCUUCUCUCCCGGGACAAGCAGCAUGACGUUUUCGCCGCCCCCGACGAUCCAUUCGGGAUUCACGUCGCCUCAGUCGAGGCCGAGGGGGCUGUCGACGAGCUCGCAGACGUCGGCGGGUGGAGAGAGGGUGGCUAUGGGGGGCAGGAGGACAAGCUACGGGCUGAGGGAGGCGUUGGAGCAUGAACAGCAUGGUCAGGGAUACUAG